CCUUUACCACUCUUAAAACUAUAUAAAAUGAAUAUCAUGUUAAAGACUUUAUCACAACACGGUUCAAUAUUCAAUACACAAAUGGCUUUGAAGGAAACGUUUUACAUAUCACAUGGAUCACCAGCACUAGCCAUAGAUGAAACAAUCCCUGCGUGGAAAUUCUUAACAUCAUGGAAACAGGUGUUUCCUCAUAGACCCUCUUCCAUUCUUGUUAUCUCUGGUCAUUGGGACACUUCUGUUCCCACUGUCAACGUUGUUAAUCGCAACGAAACCAUCCAUGACUUUGGAGGAUUUCCUAGGAGCAUGUACAAGCUCAAGUAUCCAGCACCAGGUGCUCCAAAGUUAGCAAAAAGAGUGAAGGAACUAAUCGAAUCAUCCGGGUUGAGUCGAGUGAACGAGGAUAAAAAACGCGGGCUUGAUCAUGGUACAUGGGUGCCUCUGAUGUUGAUGUACCCAGAAGCUGAUAUCCCUGUCUGUCAGCUUUCUGUUUCAUCAAGUAGAGAUGGUACUUACCAUUAUAACUUGGGAAAGGCAUUGGCUCCUCUAAAAGAGGAAGGUGUUCUAAUAAUUGGAUCCGGAAGUGCCACUCAUAACAUGAGAGCGAUGGCUCCUCGCGAAAGCCCUCCUCCUCCCUGGGCUCUCGCAUUCGAUUCUUGGCUAAAAGAAUCGCUCGUCGAAGGAAGAUAUGAUGAAAUAAAUCAUUAUGAAGAGAAGGCUCCAUAUGCAAAAGUGGCUCAUCCAUGGCCAGAUCACUUCUUCCCAUUGCAUGUGGCUAUGGGGGCUGCUGGUGAGAAUUCAAAGGCUAAGGUUAUUCAUGAGAGUUGGGAUGGUGGUGCUUUUUCUUAUGCCUCUUUUGGUUUCACAUCAGCUAGUAGUAGCUAGUUGAGACUUAUACAUCAAAUUGCUUCCCUAUUAUAUAUUCUCCUGUAUUUUGUGUAAUAAUCAAAUGAAAUGUUAGAAGUGAAUAUUUACGUAUUAGUAUACCAAUAUUAAGGUUUGUCAUCUUCAAGAGAUCAUCAUUUAGUAGCAGAAAGUGAAAGACAUUAACUUCUUACUUUGCAUUUUGAGGAUAAAUCACAGUGUUUGUUUAGUGAUACAAAUUGUUUGAUUUGGAGUAAAGGGUUGCCCAUGUUCAUUUA